CGGUUUUCCCUCAACUGCUCAGAGUGGAGCGAGCCGCUGAUUUGAUCGGCCUCUGUCCUGCUGCUUACAGAAGAAGCCCGUGAUUCUAGAGUAAGGAGCGAGUUUAUGGUCAGACCUCGCUGCGGUUCGCCUCUGUUGUGAUGGGCCAUAAGAAACCUGCUCGCAGCCAGGCUAAGAAAGAGCCCCAGGCAGUACCUGCUGUCAAUAAGAGCGCUAAGAAGGCAGAGGGAAACUCUAUCUUCAGCUGGCUGAUAGUGCUGGCUCUGCUGGGUGCCUGGAUUUCUGUGGCUGUUAUUUGGUUCGACCUGGUUGAAUACAACAGCGUUGUAGGUACGCUUGGAGGAGUUUAUGAUGCAGAUGGUGAUGGUGACUUUGAUGUGGAAGAUGCCAAAGUUCUCUUGGGGUUAAAGGAGAAAGAUGUCACAGUGGAAACAAGGGAGGCAGCUUACACAAGAGCAGAUGCUUCAGUCAAUCAAAAGACUGAAGAGGUCCUUGCAGGAGAGAGCCAAAGAGAAACUGAAAGUGAAGUGAGAGAUAAAGGAUCUGAGUCUGUCUCAGUCACUUCUGUUUAUGAAGACAAGGCUGCCCAAACAUCAGAUUUUCACUCUUUUGACUCAUACGAAAACAUUGACAGCACUGGAGAGUUAGUUGUAGAGGCCUUACCGGAGAAAACUCUAGAACUGUCUGCUACAGAAAGAUACCAAGAGGAAGAAUCAAUCCCAGUAAAACUUGAAGAAAUUAACGUUACACCUGAAAGUAAAGCUCCACCAGAGAAGAAACUAGAACCUGAACCUACAGCAGAAUCUGUACCUCUAACUCAGACUGCUCCAGAGACUACACCUCAAACAUCUGCACCUCAAGAUUCCUCAGAGUCUUCUCCUGGGCAUGAAUCUACUCCAGAGGUUACCACAGAAACAGAGGCCAAGAAGAAAAAGCCAAAAUUCUUCAAUAAAUUUGACAAAACGAUCAAAGCUGAAAUUAACGCAGCUGAGAAACUACGGAAGAAGGGGAAGGUUGAGGAAGCUCUGCGUGCAUUUGAAGCUCUUGUCCAAAAAUAUCCUCAAAGUCCCAGAAGCCGAUAUGGAAAAGCUCAGGCUGAAGAUGAUAUGGCUGAGAAGCUGAGAAGUAAUGAGAUGUUACUGAAGGCAGUAAACACUUACAAAGAAGCAGCAGAUCUCCCAGAUGCCCCUGCAGAUCUCAUUAAAGCUACGUUAAAGAGACGUGCUGACAGACAACAAUUCUUAGGUCGUACAAGAGGCUCUUUAGCUACCUUGGAGAAACUAGUGCAAAUUUUUCCAGAGGAAAUCACUCUGAAGAAUGAUCUUGGAGUGGCUCAUCUGCUGAUCGGGGAUAACAAGGGUGCUAAACAAAUCUAUGGGGAGGUUUUGGCUAUGGCACCAAAUGAUGGAUUUGCCAAAGUGCAUUAUGGAUUCAUCCUUAAAUCAGAAAAUAAGAUUGCAGAAAGCAUACCUUACCUCAGGGAGGGUUUGCAGUCAGGGGAGCCAGGCACUGAUGAUGGGAGAUUUUAUUUUCAUCUUGGAGAUGCUCUGCAGAGAAUGGGUGAUGCCAAUGAGGCUUAUGAAUGGUAUGAGACUGGUUACCAGCAUGGUCAUUUUGCAUCGGUGUGGCAGCGAUCACUUUAUAAUGUACCAGGACUGCGUGCUCAACCGUGGUGGACAGCCAAGGAAACUGGAUUCACUGACCUCGUUCGGAUGCUGGAGCGGAACUGGAUGACCAUUAGAGAUGAAGCACUAGCAGUGUUGGACACUAGUAGUGGACUGUUCUUGCCAGAGGAUGAAAAUCUUAGAGAGACAGGAAACUGGGGCCAGUUCACACUCUGGCAACAGGGCCGGAAGGUUGGUACUUCCUGCCAAAGUGUUCCUAAAACCUGUGCUUUCCUAGAACGUUACCCGGAAGCCACCAGUUGCAAGAGAGGCCAGAUCAAAUUUUCAGUGAUGCAGCCUGGCACACACGUAUGGCCACACACUGGUCCCACUAACUGCCGCCUGCGUAUGCAUCUGGGCCUCGUCAUUCCCCAUACUGGCUGCAGAAUCCGGUGCACCAAUCAAACCCGGGAGUGGGAAGAGGGGAAGGUGUUAAUAUUUGAUGACUCGUUCGAGCAUGAGGUCUGGCAGGAAGCAGAUAGCUACAGGCUCAUCUUUAUCGUGGACGUCUGGCAUCCAGAACUUAGCCAAUCACAGAGACACGCACUCUCACCCAUAUGAAGGUCUUAGCAAAUCCCAAAAGUUUUGCUCAGAGCUUUCAGCCUAUCUGAGUGACUUCUUUUUAAGCUCUUGGCCAGUCACAGGACUCUUCUGACCUCUAGCUGAUCUCUGGUACUGAACAAAAAGGCAACAUGAAUGUACGCUGCUUUUUAAAAUAAAUAUGGGUAAUUUAAGCGUGAUUUAUGAAGAACAUUAAGAAUGAACAUUUGAGUCAGGGAGAAGAAUAUGUGGAUAGAUUACUUGAGUUCUGUCAGGUUAACGCCAGUUUUGAUCUGAAAUUCCUGUUAUACGUAAAAGAGGCUAAAACACGAUGGAUUAGCAUUCCGCAAAUUAUUUUGGGAUCAUAUUUAGGAUUGAGAGGAAAAGUAUAGGCAUAGACAGGUAGUUAUGAGAAUUACAGAAGAUGACCAACCAUUAAGGAGAACUGUGACCUCCAAAGCUGCAAACACUGCAUAUUACUGUAUGAAAGUAUUUUAGCUCUAAGAAAUAUGCCACUUAAGAGGCCAAAAGCAGCAUUUUAAGAUAUGGAAAUGACGUGAUUUAACAUUGCACUACAUGCCUGUGUGUGUGUGUGUGUGUGUGUGUGUGUGUGUGUGUGUGUGUGUGUGUGUGUGUGUGUGUGUGUUUUUGAUGUGAAUGAGUGUAUGCGAGGGAGUCAAAAUUACUGAGAUGCCAUUUAUAAACUUUCAUCACUUAUAAACUGUGCCUUACACACAAUUGCCAGGCCUUUAAAGAUAUCCACUACACAUGCAAUGUAAACCCAAAACAAGCAUUAUUUUUGUUAAAUAAAAGAGAAUUAUAAUUCACAA